AUGCGCUGCAACCUGCGCAAGCACAAGCCCAACCGGAAGCCGCGCACGCCCUUCACCACGCAGCAGCUGCCUCCCGCUGGAGAAGAAGUUCUUACCUGUCCAUCGCGGAGCGCCCGCGAGUUCUCCUCGUCGCUGCACCUCACCGAGGACGCAGUCAAGAUCUGUGUCCAAAACCGACCGCCAAGGCCAGCGCCUGCAGGAGCCGAGAUCGAGAAGAUGCGCAUGGCGGCGCGCCCGCUGUUCGGCCCGCCUACGCCGGGCUCGCCGCGCCACGCCCACCCGCACCGCGGCGGCUUCGCAGCGCUGCCCUUCUUCGCGGCCGUGCCGAAGCGGCGCGGCGGCGUCCCGGCGGGCGGCGGCGGCGCGGAGCGGCAGCGGGAGCGCGGCCCGCCCCACGGGCUCUUCGCCCACCACCAGCUGCUCGGGGCCAUUGCCCCCGCACUGACCGACGGACCGAGCGCGCCCGCCGGGGUGGGCGUACGCUGUGUGAAGGGGGGGGCAGUGUUUGUAUUUGGACUUGUGUCAGUGGACGGACGCCAACUCCUUGUUCUCCACCUCAAGAAUGCGGAACGUGUUCUGAAACCA